CGGAGUCGAGGCUUAGGCCCCAAAAAAUCGCCAAAAUUCUACACCAACAAGCUUUAAUCAGCCCCGAGAUUUCGCUCCAGUUCGCAACGGCGACCACAAUGCCCUACAACGGCGCCAGCAACGGAAGCGGAGUAGCCGGCGGCGGCGGAGGGGCCACCAUAGUCGUCAGCGAGGGGCCCCAAAACAAAAAGAUCCGCACCGGUGUCCAACAGCCCGGCGAGAAUGAUGUGCACAUGCAUGCUAGGUCCACACAACAACAGAACCAGCAGCAAGCACUUAUGAACAAGUCAAAUGACGACCUACGGAGAAAGCGUCCCGAGACUACACGGCCAAAUCACAUUUUACUCUUCACCAUCAUAAAUCCCUUCUAUCCCAUCACAGUUGAUGUCUUGCACAAAAUCUGUCAUCCACAUGGCCAAGUGCUGCGCAUUGUCAUCUUCAAAAAGAACGGCGUCCAGGCCAUGGUAGAGUUCGACAACCUCGAUGCGGCCACAAGGGCGCGCGAGAAUCUGAAUGGGGCCGACAUCUAUGCCGGCUGCUGCACAUUGAAAAUUGAUUAUGCCAAGCCAGAGAAAUUGAAUGUGUACAAGAACGAGCCCGAUACCAGCUGGGACUAUACGCUGAGCACAGUUAAGGAUAUCGGAAAUGGUCGCUCGCCAUUACUGCAGGAGCCCCUAUACGGUACACGACCUCAGCCCUACAGUAAGUCGCUGUUUUCUAUACCCGAAAAUGUUGUUAUGCUUGAUAGCCAGCCACCGCUAUUGGGACCAGGCGCCGCCUUCCCGCCAUUCGGAGCCCCCGAAUAUCAUCCCACUACUCCGGACAACUGGAAGGGCGCCUCCAUCCAUCCCACUGGACUCAUGAAGGAGCCCACCGGCAUGGUGCCCGGACGCAAUGCUCCCGUCGCCUUCACACCUCAGGGACAGGCUCAGGGCGCUGUCAUGAUGGUCUAUGGCCUGGACCAUAAUACUUCGAACACGGAUAAGCUCUUCAAUUUGGUGUGCCUGUACGGCAACGUGGCCCGGAUCAAGUUCUUAAAGACCAAAGAGGGCACAGCCAUGGUCCAGAUGGGCGAUUCAGUGGCCGUUGAGCGUUGCGUACAGCACUUGAAUAACAUUCCCGUUGGAAUUUUUGCUGGCGGCAAAAUACAGAUUGCUUUCUCCAAGCAAAACUUCCUAUCCGAGGUGAUCAACCCAUUCUUGCUGCCGGAUCACACACCCAGUUUCAAAGAGUAUACUGGCUCCAAAAACAAUCGUUUCCUAUCGCCGGCCCAGGCCAGUAAGAAUCGCAUUCAACCACCGAGCAAGAUCUUGCACUUCUUCAACACACCGCCCGGUCUGACCGCGGACCAGUUGAUUGGAAUCUUCAACAUCAAGGAUGUGCCCGCCACAUCGGUGCGCCUGUUCCCCUUGAAGACCGAGCGCUCGUCGUCGGGACUGAUCGAGUUCCCCAACAUCUCGCAGGCGGUCCUGGCCAUCAUGAAGUGCAACCAUCUGCCUAUUGAGGGUAAAGGCACCAAAUUCCCAUUCAUCAUGAAGCUGUGCUUUUCUUCCUCCAAAAGCAUGAACGGAGCCUGGAACAAUGCGACCAACGAGGGCAUGAUCGAGAAGGAGAAUGCGGUCGACUCCAAGGUGGACAUCUACAAUUGAGAUUUGAUAACGAUUGUGUAAGCGAGGCCAACAACAACAGGCCCAUCAAGAACACACUACACAACAACCAAGAAGCAGAGGGCAUAAGACAACCAAUACUACAAAAACUACAAAACUACAAAAAUUAUAAAACUACAACAAGAACAUUCAGAGGUCUUAUACACGCGACAACACUCCAGUGCCAGCAGUAAAGGGGAAAAUGCUGAGGCAUCCAAUUGAUUGAUAAACUGAACUCAGAACCAGACAAAUCCAACCAGAAGACCACGGGGGCGCAAACGCAUGUACUUUUUUACGAGCCACUUACAUAGAACAACUGAACUCAUCUUCAAUGAUUCAGACACCCUUUAUUUUUCGUCCUAUGUAUGGUACGGACUCGUUAAAAAGCCAACACGCUAUGCACACUAUAUAGAAUAUUACAGGACAUUACAUGCGUUUGCGUGGCGACUGGAAAACAAAUGAAAAUGCUAAUAGGGCUACAAAAAAUGGAAGACGACGACUUUCUCACACAACAAAACGCAAGCCAGAAAGCACACUUACCAUUUUUUGUACUGCUUCCUGUUUCUCACACUUGAAUCCAUUUUAUCCAAUUGUAUGAUAUGUAACGUUUAACGAAACGAUAUAAACCGGAAUAAAACAAAAAUAAUAAAAUGAA